AGUCCUCUCCCUCCGUCCCUCUGUCCCUCUGUCCCCCUAUCAUCCCUGCACCAUGGGACCUGCCUCAGGUCCCAGCCUGCUGCUGCUGCUGCUGACCAGCCUGCCCCUGGCCCUGGGAGACCCUCUGUAUUCCAUGAUCACCCCCAAUGUGAUACGGCUGGAGAACCCCGAGAUCGUGGUCCUGGAGGCUCACGAUGUGCAAGGGAACGUUCCGGUCACCGUCACCAUCCACGACUUCCCGGCCAAGAAGCACGUGCUAUCCAGCGAGAACACCGUGCUGACCCCCGCCAAUGGCCACCUGGGCACCAUCACCAUGAAGAUCCCAGCCAAGGACCUGAAGGCCACCAAAGGGAACAAGUUUGUGACCGUGGAGGCGGCCUUCGGGACCAUCAUACUGAAGAAGGUGGUGCUGGUCAGCCAGCAGAGUGGCUAUCUCUUCAUCCAGACAGACAAGACCAUCUACACUCCGGGCUCGACAGUCCUCUACCGAAUCUUCUCUGUGGACCAGGACCUGCUGCCCAUGAGUCGGACCGUGGUUGUCACCAUCGAGACACCUGAUGGCGUUCCCGUCAAGAGAGACCCCAUGACUUCUCAAAACCAGUUUGGCAUCUUGUCCUUGCUUUGGGACAUUCCGGAAUUGGUGAACAUGGGGCAAUGGAAGAUCGUAGCCCACUACGAGGACAGCCCACAGCAGGUUUUCUCCAAGGAGUUUGAGGUGAAGGAAUACGUGCUGCCGAGCUUUGAGGUCCAGCUGGAGCCAGCGGAGAAAUUCUACUACAUUGAUGACCCCAAGGGCCUGCCGGUCACCAUCAAAGCCCGGUUCUUGUAUGGGAAGAGCGUGGAGGGAAUGGCCUUCGUCAUCUUCGGCGUGCAGGACGGCGACCAGAGGAUUUCGCUGACCCAGUCCCUCAGCCGAGUCCUGAUAGAGGACGGUGUCGGGGAGGCAGUGCUGAGACGAGAUGUCCUGCUGAAAGGGGUGCAGCCCUCGCAGGCUGAUGCCCUGGUGGGGAAGUCCUUGUAUGUGUCUGCCACGGUCAUCCUGCACUCGGGCAGUGACAUGGUGGAAGCGGAGCUCAGCGGGAUCCCCAUCGUGGUCUCCCCCUACCAGAUCCAUUUUACCAAGACGCCCAAGUUCUUCAAGCCAGCCAUGCCCUUUGACCUCAUGGUCUUCGUGACGAACCCCGAUGGCUCCCCAGCCGGCCAAGUCCCCGUCAUGGUCCAGGGCACCAAGGUGCAGUCCUUAACCCAGGAGGAUGGGGUGGCCAAGCUGAGCGUCAACAUGCGAGACAGCCGGAGCCCCGAGACCAUCACCGUGCGAACAAACAAGGACAACAUCCCUGAGGGCCGGCAGGCCUCCAGGACCAUGCAGGCCCUCCCCUACAGCACCAUGGCGAACUCCAACAACUUCCUGCACCUGUCUGUGCCCCGCUUCGAGCUCAAGCCAGGCGAGACCCUCAACGUCAACUUCCACCUGCGAGCAGACCCCAACGUGCAGAAGAAUAUCCAGUACUACACCUACCUGGUCAUGAACAAGGGGAAGCUGCUGAAGGCAGGACGCCAGGCACGGGCACCUGGCCAGGACCUGGUGGUGCUCCCGCUGACCAUUACCACGGACUUCAUCCCCUCCUUCCGCCUGGUGGCUUACUACACGAUGAUGGGCACCAAUGGCCAGAGGGAGAUCGUGGCCGACUCGGUGUGGGUGGACGUCAAAGACUCCUGUAUGGGCACGCUGGUGGUCAAAGGUGGAGGGAAGGAUGAGAGGACGUAUUUGCCAGGACAGCAGAUGUCCCUUAAGAUAGAAGGUGACCAAGGAAGCCGAGUCGGGCUGGUGGCUGUGGACAAGGGUGUCUUCGUGCUAAACAAGAAGAACAAGCUGACUCAGAGCAAGAUCUGGGACGUGGUGGAGAAGGCAGAUAUUGGCUGCACACCAGGCAGCGGAAAGGACUUUGCUGGCGUCUUCAAGGAUGCGGGCCUGGCCCUUCAGACCAGCAAGGGCCUGCAGACCAUCGACAGGACAGACCCCGAGUGCCCGAAGCCAGCCACCCGCCGCCGCCGCUCCGUGCAGCUGAUGGAGAAGAGGACUGACAAAGCGGGCCAGUACCAGGACAAGGAGCUGCGCAAGUGCUGUGAAGGGGGCAUGCGGGAGAACCCCAUGGGAUUCUCGUGCGAGCACCGGAGCCAGUACGUCCUGGGCGAGUCGUGCAUCAAGGCCUUCCUGGACUGCUGCCUCUACAUCGCCAAGCUGCGGAGCGAGCUCAGGAGGGACAACCCCCUGGACCUGGCCAGGAGUGAGCUGGAUGAAGACAUAAUCCCAGAAGAAGACAUCACGUCCAGGACCCAAUUCCCUGAGAGCUGGCUGUGGGUCACAGAGGAUCUCAAAGAGCCAGGGAAAAACGGAAUCUCCACCAAGAACAUGAACAUCUUUCUGAAAGACUCCAUCACCACAUGGGAGAUUCAGGCCGUGAGCAUGUCCGAUAAGAAAGGGAUCUGUGUGGCCAAGCCCUAUGAGGUCCGGGUGAUGCAGGACUUCUUCAUUGACCUGCGGCUCCCCUACUCGGUGGUCCGGAAUGAGCAAGUGGAGAUCCGGGCCGUCCUCUACAACUACCAGAAGAAUAAGAUCAAGGUACGCGUGGAAUUGCUGUACAAUCCAGCCUUCUGCAGCCUGGCCACUGCCAAGAAGCGCCACCAGCAGGUGCUGGAGAUCCAGGAGGAGUCCUCCGUGUCCAUCCCCUUCGUCAUUGUCCCCCUGAAGAUCGGGUUCCAGGAGGUGGAGGUCAAGGCGGCCGUCUUCAACCAGUUUGUCAGCGACGGUGUCAAGAAGAUCCUGAAGGUGGUGCCCGAAGGUAUCAGAGUGAACAAAACAGUGGCCGUUCGCACUCUGGAUCCGGAAAGAGUGGGAAAAGAGGGAGUACAGAGAGAGGACAUCCCAGCCGCAGAUCUCAGCGACCGAGUGCCGGACACCGACCUGGAGACCCAGAUCCUCGUACAAGGGACCCCGGUGGCGCAGAUGGCGGAGGAUGCCAUCGACGGGGAGCGGCUGAAGCACCUCAUCGUGACGCCCUCGGGCUGCGGCGAGCAGAACAUGAUCGGCAUGACGCCCACGGUCAUCGCGGUGCACUACCUGGACCACACGGAGCAGUGGGAGAAGUUCGGCCUGGAGAAGCGCCAGGAGGCUCUGGAGCUCAUCAAGAAGGGGUACACCCAGCAGCUGGCCUUCAAACAGCCCAACUCCGCCUAUGCCGCCUUCCUGAACCGGCCAUCCAGCACCUGGCUGACGGCCUACGUCGUCAAGGUCUUCUCUCUGGCUUCCAACCUCAUCGCCAUCGACUCCUUGGUCCUCUGCGGGGCGGUCAAAUGGCUGAUCUUGGAGAAGCAGAAGCCGGAUGGCGUCUUCCAGGAGGACGGGCCAGUGAUCCACCAAGAAAUGAUUGGUGGCUUCCGGAACACCAAGGAGAAGGAUGUAGCCCUCACCGCCUUCGUGCUGAUCGCGCUGCUGGAAGCUAAAGACAUCUGCGAAUUGCAGGUCAACAGCCUCGGAGGCAGCAUCAACAAGGCCAGAGACUUCCUGGAAGCCAAUUACAUGAACCUGCAGAGGCCCUACACCAUUGCCAUCGCCGCGUACCCGCUGGCCCAGCUGGGAAAACUAGAGGAGCCCCUGCUCGGCAAAUUCCUGAAAACGGCCAAAGACAGGAACCGCUGGGAGGAGCCUGGUCAGCAGCUGUACAACGUGGAGGCCACCUCCUACGCCCUCUUGGCCCUGUUGUCUCUCCGAGACUUUGACUCUGUGCCUCCCGUCGCCCGCUGGCUCAAUGAACAGAGAUAUUAUGGAGGUGGCUAUGGCUCCACCCAGGCCACCUUCCUGGUGUUCCAGGCCUUGGCUCAGUACCAGAGGGACGUCCCCGACCACAAGGACCUGAACCUGGAUGUGUCCAUCCACCUGCCCAGCCGCAGUUCUAAGAUCGCCUACCGCAUCCAGUGGGAGUCCGCCAGGCUGCAACGGUCGGAAUCGACCAAGGAAAAUGAGGAAUUCACAUUGACAGCCAAAGGGAAGGGCCAGGGCACCUUGUCGGUGGUGACAAUGUACCAUGCCAAGCUCAAAGACCACCUCUCCUGCAAGAAGUUCGACCUUCGGGUGGACCUCCGCCCUGCUCCUGCUACAGUCAAGAAGCCGCAGGAUGCUCAGAGCACCAUGAUCCUGAGUAUCUGUGUCAGGUACCUGGGACAGCAGGAUGCCACCAUGUCGAUCCUGGACAUAUCCAUGAUGACCGGCUUCUCCCCUGACACCAGUGAUCUGGACUUGUUGAGCAAAGGCAUCGACAGGUACAUCUCCAAGUACGAGAUGGAGAAGGCCUUCUCUAACAAGAACACCCUCAUCAUCUACAUGGACAAGAUCUCACACAACAAAGAGGAGUGUCUGACCUUCAAAGUCCACCAGUUCUUCAAGGUCGGCCUUAUCCAGCCUGGGUCUGUCAAGGUUUACUCCUACUAUAACCUGGAGGAAUCCUGCACCAAAUUCUACCACUCGGAUAAGGAGGACGGGAUGCUGGACAAGAUCUGCCACAACGAGAUGUGCCGCUGCGCUGAGGAGAACUGCUUCAUGCGUCAGGCGGAUGGCAAGGUCACCCUGGACCAACGGCUGGACAAGGCCUGCGAGCCAGGCGUGGAUUACGUGUACAAGACCAGGAUGGUGAGGAAGGAGCUGUCCAACGAUUUCGACAAUUACAUCAUGGUCAUCGAGCAGCUCAUCAAAUCAGGCACGGACGAGGUGCGCGUGGGAAUGGAGCGCACAUUCAUCAGCCACGUCAAGUGCAGAGAAGCCCUGAAGCUGACCGAGGGGAAGCACUACCUCAUAUGGGGCAUCUCCUCUGACCUCUGGGGAGAGAAACCCAACACCAGCUACAUCAUCGGGAAGGACACGUGGGUGGAGCAGUGGCCGGAGGAGGAGGAGUGCCAGGACGAGGAGAACAAGAAGCAGUGCGAAGACUUGGCGGCCUUCACGGAGAGCAUGAUCGUCUUCGGGUGCCCCAACUGAGCCCCCGCCCCCCAAUAAAAGCUUCAGUGUAUUCCACCUCA